ACAUAAUAAUUAUGAAUUAUACCAUAGUAUUGUGUUUUAAACAUGGAAAUGUGUUUCACUUUGUACAUUUUUUUAUCAUAACCCCCUUUAAGAUAGUAUAGCUCACAGUGCGAGGCACUUGCUAACAACAACACUAUGGAGUCUCAGGUAAUCACCAACCCGGAUGAGAUUGCCAAACUUUUCAGAGAGCAGAGUCUUUUCCCCAGCCUGAUCAGGGCUGAUGUUGGACCAGUGAUCACAUCUCAGUAUGGAGGGAAAUAUUGCAACAUCUAUACAGAAUGGAGCCAGCGUGACCUGGAGAGAAAUGAGAAUGUCAAAUUCUGUCGGCAGUACAUUGUGUUUCACGAUGAUAAGUCUGUUGUAUAUUCAGGACCAUCUGGGAAUUGCACCGAAAUUAAAAGAGAGCUCCUGAGCAAGGACUCUCCUUCUGGUGAUAUGAAGGCUGUAGUCCGAGAGUGCACAGUGAAGGGUGAAGAGCAGCAGUUUUUGGAGAUUUGGAGCAAGAACAGCAAAGUGAAGAGCAUCAACCUGACAGCCCUGAAGAAACAUGGCAAGGUCUAUGAAGAUGAUCAGUUUGGAAGCUUGGUGUGGUCCCACUCGGAGACUCACCUCCUGUAUGUGGCAGAGAGGAAGAGACCGAAGACGGAGUCAUAUUUCCAGACAGAGUCUCCUGAAACCAGCUCUUUGGGGGAUGAGGAGGAGGCCAUGAAAGUAGGGAAGAAGGAGGAGACUGUGAAGGGGGACCAGUUUGUGUUCUAUGAAGACUGGGGGGAGGACCUGGUGAACAAGAGUGCCCCAGUGAUGUGCAUCCUGGACAUUGAGGGCAGCAACAUCUCCGUGCUUGAGGGGGUCCCAGACAACAUCUCCCCUGGCCAGGCAUUCUGGGCCCCCAACGACACAGGCGUGGUGUUUGUUGGCUGGUUGCACGAACCCUUCCGAUUGGGCCUGAAAUACAGCCCUAACAGGAGGUCUUCCUUAUUUUAUGUAGACCUGACCGGUGGCAAAUGCGAGCGACUGUCUUCAGAGACGAAUGCUGUCUCAUCCCCUCGCCUCAGUCCGGACCUGUGUCGGAUCAUCUACCUCGAGUGUGGGGUGUACGGGCCUCACUACCAGUGCAGCCGGCUAUGCAUGUACGACUGGUACACUAAGAAGACAUCAGUCGUGGUGGAUGUUGUAAACAGACAGAGAGAAGAUGGUUUCACUGGAAUCUACAGCAUGCUCCUUUCUCCCUACUGUUGGUCGGAGGACAGCCAGCGAAUCCUGGUGUCCUGCCCUCAGAGAAGCCGGAAGGAUCUUCUUUUGGUGGAUAUCAACACAGGAAAUGUCACAUCACUAACAGCAAAGUCAGACAUUGGGAGCUGGACUCUUCUCACAGUUAAACGGGAUCUGAUAGUGGUCAGCUGCUCCUCACCCAACUGUCCUCCCAGCCUGAGAGUCGGGUUCCUGCCUGUGGCUGGAUCGCAGGAAGAGGUGACCUGGGUCACCCUGGAGCAGGCCCAGCCCCAAGCGGACAUUGACUGGAAAGUGCUGACCUUCACCCCGCCCCCUGAACAGGACAACAGCACAUACCCUGGCCUCGAUUUUGAAGCUAUACUGUUGAAACCCGGGAACGCCAAGGAAGGAGCCAAGCUGCCUCUGAUUGUGACUCCACACGGGGGACCCCACUCUGUGUUUGUGGCGGAGUGGCUCCUGUCGUCUGCAGUGCUGUGCCGAAUGGGUUUCGCUCUGCUCCUGGUGAACUACAGGGGAUCCAUUGGGUAUGGGCAGGACAGCAUCUUUUCCCUGCCUGGAAGGGUGGGCGAUCAGGAUGUAAAGGAUGUCCAGCAUGCGGUUGAGAGCCUGAUAAAGGCAGAAGGAUUUGAUGAACAGAAGGUGGCGCUUGCCGGGGGGUCCCAUGGCGGAUUCUUAGCCUGUCAUUUGAUUGGGCAGUACCCCACUUUCUACAAAGCCUGCGUGGCACGGAACCCCGUCAUAAACCUGGCCUCUAUGAUUGGCAGCACUGACAUUCCGGACUGGUGCAUGGUGGAGUCUGGGUAUAACUACAGCACUGAUACCCUCCCUGAUCCUGCUGUCUGGGAGCAGAUGUUGAACAAAUCCCCGAUCAAACACGUCACACAGGUGAAAACCCCUGUGCUGCUCACGCUGGGAGAGGAUGACAAGCGCGUUCCCAAUAAGCAGGGGAUGGAGUACUACAGGGCUCUCAAGGCUCUGCAGGUUCCUGUCCGGUUGUUAUGGUAUCCAGGAAACAACCACUCCCUUUCCAAAGUGGAUGCGGAGUCCGAUGGCUUCAUGAACAUCGCUCUGUGGGUGAUACAGCACUUGUCCCUUUGAAAUCCAGGCUGGAAGACCUGUCCCAGCAGCCAUUUGAGUGAUGUGUUUGCCAAAACGUCAGCACUGACGAUGAUGUAAAUUCCAAAGACACUAUGUUGCCAGUAACUGUUUCAUACUAAGGCAUGUGAUCUUAUUAUCUAAGGUAUUUCUUUCGCUGUUAUGGACUACUUACUGUACUUCCUCAAGGGCUUUUUUAUUACUUCUGCUAUGUAACUGAAGAUGAAAGUCUUUUACAUUUAGUUUAACAAAACCCCAACUGCUUUAUCAGAAUAACCUGAGAGAGUUGCAGUACCUGGGAGAAUGAUUUUCAUUAUGCUCUCCCUACACUGACUACAUUCAUCUUAAUGAUAUUUAAUAAGGACAGAAAAUUCUGGUUCUUCUGAUUGAAUGUUAUUUCUUCUUCUGGAAAAGUGUUGGCAGUACUUGUGGUACGAUUAUUUGAAGAAUGCCUGUCAAUAAAAGCAGCACUAAUUUCUUUUCCA